AUGGAUGGAUGUACGCGUGUGAUGACUUCUGUUUACGUGUUUCCCUUGGCUGUCGCGCAGCUGCCUGUACUGAAUCCAGAGGUCAAUGACAGACCGUAUUUACCCCAUACGGCCGCUGACAAGUGGCGAACAGUGUUGGAGGGAUUCCUGGCCAAGUACUCACAGGUCAUUGAGAGCGAUGGUGAUACACAAACUACAG